CUUUGCUCCCCAGUGGUGUUUACCUCCUCUCUCUCUCUCCACUGCUGCUUGUGCUCCUCUCUGCCACGUCAAAUGACUGCCUGGGUGCUUGGCUCGCUCCUCGGGGAGUCUCGCGGCCGAACAGCCUGACUGACUGUGGUCACUCCGCUCUGCUGGGUCUGUGGAGUUAGAAACAACUGGCUCAAACCUUCCUACGUGCUCACUGCUUGGCUUCUUCUUUUUUUUCUUUUUUUUUUGGCCGGGUCCGACUGUUUACUGGAGCUCUACUUGCAGUUUGGGAGAUCAAGGGAUGAGUUCAGGUCUGUGGAGGCAGUCAGACUGAGGAGUCCUGCUCACCUGACAGUUGUGGAGAUAUUAGAGGAGCAGCUGCUGGAGCUGCGCUGGAGCUACAGUACCAGAACCUAAACUCUGUUUCUGGUGUUGUUUUUAAUCCAUCCAGCUGACAAAUGAGUGGAUUUCUCUAUAGAGGAAGGCACUGUAGUGCAGAGAAACGACCGAGGCCGAAGAGCAUCGGACCUAUGAUGGAUUUCUCAUGUGAAGAGACAGAUAAAGGUCCUCCGGUACAGAUGCACAGCCUCCGAGAGUUCGAACAGCACCUGAACGACCUGAAGAAGGAGAACUUCAGCCUGAAGCUGCGGAUCUACUUCCUGGAGGAGAAGAUCCAGCAGAAGUUCGAGGAGAGCAGCGAUGACGUGCACAAGAGGAACAUCGAGCUGAAGGUAGAAGUGGAGAGUCUGAAGAAGGAGCUGGAAGAGAAGCAGGAGUUUUUGGACAAAGCUCUGUCGACGGCGGAGUGUCUGUCCAAUCAGAAUGAAGCCGAGCUGCAGCGUCGCCUGGAGGAUCGGCAGGAAGAGAUCAGCCACAUGCAGGAGAUCCUAGAGACCAAAGUUCAGCUUCUGCAAGAGGAGGCCCUGCUGGCGCGAGGCGAGGCCCAUAAGAUGGCUUCGCUGGCGGACUCAGAGGCCCAGCGCUGCCUGGCUCUGGAGAGAGAGAUGCUGAAGAGGAUUGAGGAGUGCGGAGGAGACGUGGGUCGACUUGCUCAGCACGCUCUGGCUGACAAAGACAGGGCGAUCGAGGAGCUGACUCAGCAGAAACGGUCGCUGGGUCUGCAGGUCGAGCAGCUCGAGGUCAAAGUUCAGAACCUUUCCUCUGAGCGAGGAUCAGAGCAGAGUGACGAUGAGCACCGAAUGAAGACGAGGCUGACGAAGAUCUGAACAGCGAGUACACGGAGAGCGUCGAUGAAGACGAGUCCAAACUGAGCGUCCAGUCCGCUGGUGAACACCGAGCUCCGGGACGUCCAGGAGAAGCUUCCUCUCAUGAUCUGAUGUUCGAGGGUCAGGGUCUGAUGUUCGAGGGUCAGGAUCUGAUGUUCGAGGGUCAGGGUCUGAUGGAAGUCAAACAGCUGGUGGAGCAGAAAGAGGAGCGGUGGAGAGAGAGCUGGGAGGUUAAAGCUCAGCUGGAGAAGACCGGCUUCUCCUCGCUGUCACAGAUCAGGAAAGCUCUGGUUAGUCUGCGAGCUGAGAACGAAGAUUUAAAGCAUCAGCUGCAGCCUGACUGCACACACAGUGAUGAGCAGAAGUGCUGGACGGCGAAGAGGAGGAGGAAGAGGAGGAAAGAGGAGGAGGAAGAGGAGGAGUUGGAUGUGACCAUAGAGGGAAGAGGAAAGCUCUGAGCUGUGGGAAGCUUGGGACGGUGAACUGUCUCUUUCUGAAGGGAAACAAACAACAACGAAUAAAAUCCAGAGCGAUGAAGAGCCGAGGAAGACGAGAGCAGACAGACCUGAGUCUCUGCAACUCCUCAUC